AUGCUCGGAGUCCCGCCUCCAAUUGAACUUAGAGGAUUACCUAGGUCCAUACCUGCAGUUGUCUCUCCAUUCGUUGUCCGAGUCGUCGCCGGUUGGGUGUCAGUUGCCAGGGCCUCGUCCAUAACCAUAUCGCCAGCAGUUUCCGUUCCGAGGGGUUUGCUAGCCGUUUCCAUUGAUCCAGCCUGUGGCGGGGAGUCGGUGUCCGAGUGUCGAUCGUCCGGAGGCCUUCCCGUCGGGGCGGAGAAGGACGCCGGAGUUACUUGCGCAGAGUUAUUCGUACAGAGCAUUUCAGAGCAUUGA